CUUAGAUAUAUCGUUCCUUUUCUGAGUAAAGAAUAACUAUAGUUCUCGGUCAGAAAACUGGUUAAAAUGUCUUCCAGUCGAAAGGCAAGUCCCCACAAGAAGAGCAAACCAAGCGUGGACAAGGCUAAGAAGAAUCCUUCCGCCAUCAUAUCGGUCCUAUGUCCGGAUGUUCAAAAGCCCAAAAAGGAACCCAAGCCAAGUAAUGAGGCCAAGGAAUGUCCCCGAGUAAAGAACUACAAGUCCGAGGGCGACAAGCGAGCGUAUCUUGAGCAGGAGGUGGUGCCCAUCCUGAUGGAGGGAAUGCUGGGACUGGCUCGCGAAAUGCCCCGCGAUCCCAUCGGUUAUUUGGAAAAGUUCUGGCUUGACAACAAGCACAAGUGCGAUAUUGAGUUGCCGCAGAAUAUACUUUGAUAUGUGCAACGUUCGUAGAGGAACCCAAUCAAAUUUCAAAUUAUCAGCUGAUUAAAUGUUUCUGGUUCAGUGUUUAGCUCAGUCAA